AAUACAGACUACACAGUACAUGAAAGCACGUUGUGGAAACAAGAUAAGGUUCUGAUUUAUAGAAUACUUGUUAUUUCCUUAUAAAAUGGAUCAAUCACAAAUUAAAAUGGAAGUAGACGAGAGUAUGAAAGAUAAUGAUAAUGCUCCGAGCAAUGCAGAAACUUAUGAAGAAAAAUUGAAAUAUGUAAAUUCCAUUGCUUACCCUAUGGCACCAAAGAAACUGGCAAAAAAGAUCUACAAAUGUGUAAAGAAAGCUUCAAAACAGAAAACCUAUCUUCGAAAUGGUUUGAAGGACGUACAGAAGCAUCUUCGUAAAGGAGAAACUGGGUUAGUUGUCUUUGCGGGUGAUGUGUUUCCCAUAGAAAUUAUGUGCCACUUACCAAUUGUAUGUGAGGACCGAGACAUUCCAUAUUGUUAUACGCCAUCGAAACAAGAUAUUGGUAAUGCAAUGGGUGUGAAAAGAGGUAGUCUCAUGGUAUUAAUUAAAGAGCAUCCAGACUAUAAAGACUUAUACCAGGAAAUCAAAAAUACAAUGAAAACAUUACCGAUUCCACUGUAAUUACAUAUAUUCAACCAACCUGUAAAUACAGUAGAUGUACUCGUUAAAAAAUAAAUAUUUCCUCACCAUUUUCAGCAACAAGUAUUAUCAGAAAUUAGUUAAUAUUUUAUCCAAAGCGAUAAAUUUUAUGUACAAUUCUUUACAUUUGUAAGGUUAAUGUAAGCAAAAGAAUAAAAAAAUAUAUAAAACAAAAAAUAA